GCUCGUAAAGAAGGCAUUAAAAUAUACGUAGGCGAAGGCGAACCAAUAAAAGUGACAAAAUAUUAAAUAAAAAGUUGAUUGAGGCUCAGUUAUAACAGUUCUUGUAAAUAUUUACCACAAUCAAAGCUGACGCGGAAGGUUAAAAGAAAGGGUGAGCGAAAUAUUGAAAUCAAUCUUUUGUUUUCGAAUAAAUGUCACUAGACGAGAGGGAGCAGGAGGAAGAAAUCAUAAUGAUUGAGCCAGAGGAGUGUUGCAGUCACGAACCGGCACCAGAUACAUCAAGAAAAAAUGUGGAUGAGCGCAAAUUGUUGAAGAAGGCAAUAAAGAAGGCAUUUAAGGCACAGAAACUGCUAAAUCAGGCUAUCGAGCGCCUUGAGGCAGGUCAAAAACAGAAGAGAAAGCAUAAACAACAUAAACCCCGCGCAAGCAGCUCUUCUAGUUCUAGUUCUAGCUCAAGUUCGGGCACAAGCUCUUCGAGUUCGAGUUCGAGUUCAAGCUCAAGUGACAGUGAUGUAGUUGAUUUGACUGAGGUGGUACUUGAACCACCAAAGCGGCGUCAUGGCCGUAAACAUCAUCAUGGUCGCCGCCAUCGUCAUGGACGCGAUCGUUCUCGCUCGCGUGGACACUCUCGGGGACACUCUCGUGGUCAUUCUCGGGAUCACUCACGCGGUCACUCGCGUGGUCAUUCUCAUGGACGUUCACGAGAUCAUCAAUUGUGUCAAGUAACGCGGUUUUUUCGUGGCGCCAGCCUCCCAACAGCUCCCCCCAUUCAGAAAUGUCACCCCCACCACUACCAGCGAUCAGAUACUAGGCCAGAAACUACGCAUUCUGCACAUUUAGAUCGAAGACCUCGUAGUCGUUCAGGAUCUCGUUCUCAUUCUCGCGAACGUCAUGACAAACGUGGCCAUAAGAAACAUCACAAGAAUAAGAAACACAAGAAAGUGGAGAAGCGGGAGGAGACCCGACAUGGUGGUAAAGAUAAACACAGUAAACGUAGUCGGUCGCAUUCCCGCGAUCGUUCACACUCACGUUCGCACUCGAGAGGUUGCCGGCACGGAAUGCACGGAUUUGUUUACAAUGAGGGUUUGAUGGGUAGGACAACGAGAGGUUAUCCCUAUUUUGGUGCAUUUUCAGAUAGACCAUACCCACAUCCACCACCGCCACCGCCACCACCGUACGUACAGCAGGGCAGAGAUGGGCGUCACAGUCACAGGAAUCAACAUCGCUGUGGUUAUCCGCAUGGUCCAGUAGACGAUUUUAAUUCGCAAUGGAUGCCGCCCAUAUACUAUGGAGAAGAGCGUGGCCGUAGACAUAGAGCACAUAGUGUGCCGGGAUGUUAAAGGACAUUGCUUGCUGCUGUCAUAUUUACAUACAUAUACAUAUAUAUAUAUAUAUAUAAAUUACGGUAAAUAAUGUGAAAAUAUUCUCAUACCAAAGAUAGCAACAAGUUGAAGGACUGAAAAAAAAACAAAAAACGAGACGUAAAAAAAAUAUAAAAACAUGAAAAUUAAAAAACAUCAAUAAAAAAUAUAAAAAAAUUAAAAAAACAAAUAUAUAGAAUAUAUUUAAAAAAGUAUUAAAAACGAACAACAUUUACUGCAAAAACCUAUAAAAUAUAAAAUAUGAUAUUCACCAUGCACAAAUAAUAAAAAUACAU